AGGUAUUCUUGGUGGACGGUAAUCUGCGUUCUGGUUGCACGAAGCACUGCAGUAUUGGGCUCGUCCUCAAGAUAUCUUCGGAUUGAGAGAGGGCCGGCACCCCAAAUUGAUGAAACCGACGAUGAUGGACUUGACGCGUCUUCUCUUUCCUCGCUGUCUCCCCCUUUCCAGCCUCACCUCUUUCACCCCUUCGUAUCUCCGCCCCAAACUUCUCUCCCUCGUCAGUCGUGUACGGAAAACUCCUUCGUCCCUUUCUUCUUUUCCCUUUCUUCUCUUCCCCUUCUUCUUUUCCCUUUCUUCUCUUCCCCUUCUUCUUUUCCCUCUCAUCCACCGCCGAAUGCCUGCCGUCAGUCGCGUGCUUGAGCGGGCUGCAAAUUAGCGGGAGUAGGGGAUGUUGGCUGACGCGGCCACGCGGGCCCGAGUGCGACCCUAA